AUGACGGAUUCUGAGCUGGCCCCGAGGAGUGCCCUGUGUUUCCUAUCGACUUUGCCUUCUCAAAAGGUUCCUGAGAAGUCAGAUCUUGUUCUUCGCUGCACAGUAUCUGGUCAACCCAAGCCAGAGGUAACUUGGUAUAAAAACGGCCAUGCCAUUAGUGACUCAAACAUCAUUUCCAAUUAUGAAAUCUUGGAGAAUCAGUAUGUCCACAUGUUACAUUUAUAUAGCUGCACCAAGAAUGAUGCUGCGGUUUAUCAGAUCUCUGCUCAAAACUGUUUUGGAAUGAUUUGCUGUUCAGCUUUUAUUGAAGUUGAGUGUUUUUCAGAGAACCCACAACUCAAUCCUCACCUGAGAGAAGAUGCUGAGAUGUGUAAGAAGGACAAUUCACAUCAAAUUAAUGAGAAAGAGCAACUUUUCCAGGAGAAAGGAGAUGCCACUAAGGACACUUUUACUCUGUCUGGUUCUUCUUUCCCCAGAUUCAGAGGCUCAUGCUUAUCACAGUUACAGUCCGACAAUGACAAUGUGUCUCAUAGGCCUGAAAAAGAUGCAGGUAUCAAAAGCACUAUUCAAGCUCAAGAGAAUUGCUCUAAUCACAAUUACACAGAGGAAAAUGCAUUCAAUUUAGUUUUCCCUAAAGGCAGGAGUGAGGCAGACAGCCUGGAAAAAUGUUGCAGUGGGCUGGUACAUUCCAAACCAUCAAGGUUAAUUGAUGACUGUGUGACCAGUUAUGGUCAUAAUGAUGAAGUUUUACCAGCUAGUCAUCAAGACUCUAAAAUACAGAAAUAUAUUAGCUUUAGCAUGGCACUGCCUGAGGAAACCAUUUACCCAGUGAACAGCUCCACAACCAAGCAGAAUGUCUCCCCAGAGAUUUCCAGUGAAGACUCUGACACAGAUUUUGAACUCUGCCCAGAGAUAAACCUAACCUGCACUGAGUUUUCAGAUGAUGACCUUGAGUAUUUGGAAUGUUCCGAUGUUAUGACAGAUUACUCUAAUGUGAUCUGGCAAGAGGACCUCAGAGGGAAUGACCCUGUCUUUUUAUUAGAAAGAGAUGACGAAGAGACAAAAUUCAGAGAGGGUUGUCUGGGUGGGUGUGAGCACAGUGAAAUGGCUUGUCAGUGUCAGGUGUCAGAUAACAUUGUGCCUAUGGAUACUACCAUUGGCUUCUGUGGUCAUCACUCAAAACUCCAAGAAGUAGCUGGAAGGAGCAGUUUACCCAUUUACAGUCAGUAUUCCUUGCAACCAGGAAUGACUCUUAUUUUGGGACACCUUCAAGAAGAAACAUCCCCAGUGAAAGACCAAGAGCGAUAUAAGCUCCCUGUCACUUCUAUAGCCAAUGGCAGUGAUCAACCAGGAAUGAAAGGAGAAAAUGCAGAUAGUCACCAAGCAGGAGAGUCUCUUGCCAUUGAUAGUCUGAUGAACAUGGAUAAGACACCUGGAGAGAUGAUGCCCCAGACUCAUGAGUUAGAAAAGCCAGUGACAAACCAGCCUGUGGAGAACCCAGCAAAGAAAAGUGUGGAGGGAGACCUAACGCGGAUGAAGGGCUCACAGAAAUUAGUCAGGGUGAGGAGACCAGGGGCUAAAGGGAAACCCAGGAAGCUGAACACCAACCUGAAAGAAAACGCAACAGAUGGCACGCUUAACCUCCCAGGUCCUGGAGAAGUCAGGGGUCUUGAACUUCGCCCUGGCGAUACAAGAGAGAGUUUUCACAAAGAGGCAGAAGCUAUUCAUCUUAAUUCCCAAUUCCAUGGAGGAGAAUAUGCCAUUUCGACCCAAGCACAGCAAAGAACAGAAACCCUUCCAACACCAGCAGAAUCACUUCCCACAGAAAGAGAGACAGAACUGAAGAAGAAAGGGAAGUGUACUAAAGGCCUACUGGAGACAGAUCAGGUGGUAAAUCAACAUGUCCAUCCUCAGGUACAAAGAGAGGAAAUCAGUGCAGAAGGUAUUACCAAAAGCCACCUGCAAGGCUCUUCAGAGCCCACGAGAGACUCUGCAUCUCUGUGGAAAGCUUCUGCUUUAAGUAGAACCAUAAUAAGCUCCAGGGACACUCUGCAAAGUAUCAGUGAAGGAGAUGGAUCACUGACCCAGCACAUGCAGCGGGAAGGCUGCUCUCCAGGCCCACAACACCAUGAGAGACAAGACCAAGACAGUAAAAUCCACCAGCCCGGAAGUCCUAGGGAAGACAAGUCAGAUGAGCAAAUCAGCUCUGAGGCCAGUCAUGAAAAUGCCUUAGCCCAUUACCAGCUGGCGAGUGAUGCCGAUCUUGGGGAGCAAGAGAAUCUCUAUAUUACUUUGGCAGAAGCUUCCUAUGCUGUUCUGACUGCUGGACAUUCCCUCAGUGCGCCAAGGGAUGCAGAAGAACCAUUAGUUAUGGCACCCCAUGAAACAUGCUGUGGUCCCAAAGAUCUUCCCUCUCCAAUGCCAUGGGAUGACUGUUUGCCUCAAGAAAAUUGCUCCAUGGGCUCAGAGCUGGUAGAAGGUCAGUGUGAAACAUCUGAUUUAUGUUUGCUCAGGGAUGUGAAAAUGAUGGAACAAUUUUCUGGAGCACAGGUUGCUGACCUGCCUUUCCCAACGUGUGAAAACAGAGAGGCUAGAGGUGCAAACACAAUAACGUAUCCCAUGAGGAACAGCUUGGAAGGGGCAUAUGAAAAUGAUACAAAAGAAAAGAAAAUAGGUGACAAGAAUUCUAUCAAGGAAUUUACUAAAAUUCUAAAAACAGACCAAGAAAGGUUUAGCCCCAGUAACCUUGUCAGUGCCCAGAUUGUUUCUACAGAGAACUGCCUUUCCCACCUCCAAGAAGCAGGUGAUGAGAGACUGCUUCUUGGGAUUGAGGAUGAAACAGAGACACCUUCAUUUUAUACCGUGAUUGCAGAGUAUCCUGAACAGAAGUCAAAUGAGAUGCUGACUGAAAAUAUCAGGGGUUCUCAGGUUCCCAGUGAUAGGGAAGAAACACUUGCUCUUGGAACUGUUGUUAAAGGCCAUCAGGUCAAAUACCUUGCUGUUUCAAUUGCUCAAAACAAUCACUCGGAGGAAGCUGAAGAAAGUUUUCCUGGGGCGCCAGCUGGAACCACUGCUCAGCUUCCUUCUGAUGAACAGCCUGCCCCUGCUAGAAGUGACUGGGCAGCUAAUGCUGCAGAGCAGCUGACCCUCAAAGAGCCGCUGGGGACAGCAGCUCCUCUGCCCCAUCCACAGCUGCUACAAAGAGAGGAUUUCUUGGGUAAUUCCCUGGGUGCUGUUGCGGAUGGAUUGACAAGUGAAAGUCAGGGCCCUGAGAGUGCAGUGGGUAAAAGCUGGGAAGAGCAUUGUCAAGGGAAAGUGAGAGACUCUGAGCAAAAUGUACACAAGGACAUUCAACCUCACCAGGGUUCAUUCUCUGAUGACAGCCUCCAGGAUGGCUUCUGUACCAUCCCAGCUGCAUGGGGGCAAAGAAGACUAUUGCCAUUAGAACAUUCAACAGAUAAUUCUGAGGAGGAAGGAGGGAAUUUGGGAGGCCCCAGUGUCGGAGUAGCCAUGAUGAGUGAUGAAAGAGAAAGGCAGGUCUCCCAGAAGGUUCCAUCUUCUCUGGAAAAUCUCCUGGAAGAAGCUAACAAAAAUGCAGUGGAUGGUAGUUGGGGAGAUUGUCAAUCAGGAGGAAGGCAAAAAGCUCCAACUUUAACAGACUUUGUUUCAGAGCCUUCACCACCAAUGCAGACGGUGGAUUCGGAAUGCCAAGUUAGUCCAGUGGUUUUGGACAAUGUCUGUGUGAUUUCUGACAACGCAGUGCAAAAACUAGACACACCUGAAAUAGACACACUAACCAGCAGCAAUCAGUCUGAUUCAGCAAUUAUUUGUUUUGGUGGAGAAAUUCAAGAGAAAAAAGAAGUAAGAAACAAUGUAGGUUUUUGCAUUCCUUCUCUCCAAUAUUUGAAAGAUUCUGGCAUCCUAGAAUCAUCAGUAGAUCCUAUAGAUGAGAAGGAAACAUGUACCUCAGUUUCACUAUUUAAAGGGGCCUUGGGUGUGGUCUCAGAAGUCUCUGGGAAGAAAAACAAUGGCCAUGUAAGGGAAGCACAGGAGGAGGGCCAGUCUAGAGAGGUUCACCCUAUCUUGCUUACACAGUUUUUGACUCACCCACAAAUUAUGGAAUCGUCUGUAGAUUCCGCAGAUGGAGCAGGGCUUAUGGAAUAUGUUGGAGCAGGAAAAUUAGUGACUUCUGAGUCCACACUACGGCUGAUCCAAGAAGAAAGGAGUUUGAACAAGGAGAUCUUUAGUCAGAAGUUGAAAGUCAAACCCACCCUUUUGCAAGUUCCAUGUCAUAAGGAAGUUGAACACCUUGGGGAAGGAAUUCCAUGUGUAGGCAAUGAGAGACAAAGCCAAGAGGGCAUGGAGAGUGACUUAGGUAAGCCAGGCCACAAGGCCCAAGACAGUACUACUGAAUGUACUUUAGCACCCUUGGUUCUCUCUAAAAGUCUUGUUGGACUAGCCACUGAUAGUUCCAAUGAAAGAGAUACCAACAGUGCUGUAAGUCAAACACAGGACUUGCCUGUGAAUGGAUUAGUCAAGCUGAAAAAUCAUGAAUGGAUUUGUACUGGUUCAAAGGAAUGUAAAAACACUGAGAAUGAAUAUGCCAAAAAUUUGUCACCUACCUUGCCUCCUUCAAGUGUGCCUGUUGGAGUAACUUUGACUUCAUUUCUAGAGGGAGAAGCCAUUCAUUUUGCAAAGGAUGGUAAAACAGAAGAGCCCACAACUGGAGAACCCAAGGCCACAAAUUCAUUGGGAUCUCCCAUAGAAACUUUGGCAUACAUUCCAGCAGAAUGUACCUCUAAAACCAAUUCUAAAUGUCAAGACCAAAUGCCACCAAAGCAUUGUCUGAAAGGCUCUUUACCAGGAACUGUACAAAAGGCAAGAGAAGAAAAAAAACAUUGUCAUAUGAUGCCCCCCAAAUCUAAAGUGCCAGAGACUGUAGCAUCAGCAGCUGGGGAAGGAAAUAAGAAGCAAGAAAUAUCUGAGACUGGACAUUUAGCUGAGGGUGUGAAGAAGAAAAUUCUGUCCAAAGUGGCAGCUCUGAAAAUGUGCUUGGAAGAGAAAGAAAGGGCCAGAAGGAACUCUAUUUUUAGUAAAAAGAUUCCUAAGCCUGAAACACUUACUCAAAAUGAAGAGAAAAAAGACCCCAAAAGAUCAUCUUGGAAAAGAGAAGGCAAAGCCCCAGUGCUACUGAAGAAGAUCCAGGCUGAGAUGUUUCCUGAUCAUUCUGGAAAUAUAAAAUUAAGCUGUCAGUUUGCAGAAAUCCAUGAAGAUUCCACCAUCUCAUGGACAAAAGAUUCUAAGUUAAUUGCAAGGGUUCAAAGAAGUGCAGGAGAUAAUUCAACUGUGUCCUUGGCCAUCGUUCAAGCUAGUAAAAAAGAUCAGGGCUUGUAUUAUUGCUGCCUCAGGAACAGUUAUGGGAAAGUGACAGCUGAAUUUAACCUGACUUCUGAAGUUCUGGGUCAGCUUUCAAGUCAUCAGGAUAUUAAAGAAUUUGAAGAGAUUGAAUUCAGCCAGCUUAUCUUCAGAGAAGACUUUAUCAGUGACAGCUAUUUUGGGAGCAGCCUGCAUGGUCAGAUUGCAACAGAAGAACUCCACUUUGGAGAAGGGAUCCACCGCAAAGCCUUCCGAAGUAAAGUGAUGCAGGGCCUCACUCCUGUGUUCAGCCCUGGCCAUGCCUGUGUGCUCAAAGUGCACAAUGCAAUUGCCUAUGGGACCAAAAACAAUGAUGAACUUGUCCAGAAGAACUACAAACUCGCUGCACAGGAAUGUUAUGUCCAAAAUACUGCCAGACAGUAUGCCAAGAUCUAUGCAGCUGAAGCCCAGCCUUUGGAAGGCUUUGGAGAAGUACCAGAGAUCAUUCCGAUCUUUCUCAUUCAUCGCCCUAAGAAUAACAUCCCGUACGCCACCGUGGAGGAGGAGCUGAUCGGGGAAUUUGUCAAGUAUUCCAUCAGGGACGGGAAGGAGAUCAGCUUUCUGAGAAGAGACUCAGAGGCAGGCCAGAAGUGCUGCACCUUUCAGCACUGGGUGUAUCAGAAAACCAGUGGCAGUCUGCUUGUCACUGACAUGCAAGGUGUAGGAAUGAAGUUAACUGACGUUGGCAUAGCAACAUUGGCGAAAGGGUACAAAGGUUUUAAAGGCAACUGUUCCAUGACCUUCAUUGAUCAAUUUAAAGCCCUACACCAGUGUAAUAAGUAUUGUGAAAUGCUGGGGUUAAAAUCCCUUCAAACCAAUAACCAGAAACAGAGGAAACCGGUCAUCGGAAGAGGCAAAGUUCAGCCACCCGCCACCCCUGCCAAGAAGGCAGGGGCCAAUGCCCCUGCAAAGAAGAAGACAGACUCCACAGCUAAAUCACCGGCUAGCAAAGAGUGAGAGAGAAGAGCAGAGAUCUCAUGCAAGGGGACUUCAUAGUCAGUUAUAAGACUGUAGCUAUUCCCAGUUUACAGUGCCUUAAGAUGCUUUGGAAACUAUGACCUGCUGUCCUCAUUGAGAUGUUAGCAGGAUAGGAUCUGUGAUAGACUCACUGGGAAAACAAGCCAAACUGUCGAUCACAGUGAUAGUCCUCUCUUUGUACAAACUUUUCAGCAUUUUUACCAAUGUCACAUCUGUAUAUAUUUGUGUUUUUUGCACAUUGUUGUGUUAUCAAGGACUUGGUGUAAGGAUGGGACUAUUCCUUGUCCUGUUGCCUUUCUUACUUCCCACUCAGAACUAGACCAGUGAGGCUGUGGCAUUCAGCUGCUGUAUAAACCUAAAAUAUGAAUGACUGAUUCUCUAUAUUAAAGUUUUGCACUAGUGUUGAUUACUGGCCUUGUUGUUGAAAUUUUUCAGUAACGAUGACCUUUUUCAUAAUUAUUUGCACAGUUGUUACCCUUAUGAAACUUUGACAACCAGGUGUACUUUUCUGUUUAAUUAAAUUCCUAUUUAAACAAAAGUAA